AUGUAGGAUAAACCAAACCAAUAAUAAGACACUGUCCAAAACACCAUCAAAUCAUUGCAGGACAAGAUCUAAAACAUUGAGAACUUGAUAGAAAGAGGAACUGAUUGCAUUAUCAUUUAGUAUGGAUCGCACAGUAUAAAAAUGAACAAAGCAAGCGAGAUGCUCCCCAAGAAAUUCAGAAAUUUGAUUGGUUAUAAAGUGCAAUCCUAAUUAAAACAAGUUUAAUCCACAGAUCUCACUGUGAUUGAUGAAAGUCUAUUAUUAUUAGAACAAAAAUUAAUGUAGAAAGGCACACUCAAAGCCCAACCCAAAAGCAUGCGUGGAAAGCCAAGAGCUAAAAUUGAAGUAGAUUUACGCAACAUCAGAGGGUUUCUGGGGAAGAAGGAACAAAAAUAACCAUAAUGCACUCUUGCUAAGAUGAUGGAAGAUAAAUCUGUGGUCUUUGAAGACGACAUCUUUACUGGAGAGUAUUUAGUUAGGUAACCAAUCAAACAUGGAUUUUUCAAUUUAACAGAGAAUUACAAUAUGCAAGAUGUGAUUGAAGAUCUAUACAAAUUGACAUUAUAUGGAUUGAAUUGCAAAUUGGAAGUCAAGAAUGUCUCUGAUUACUAUUGCAUUUUGGUUAUUCCUGAUAUCUUUCAAAGAGUACAAGUAAAAAUGUUGGUAGAUAUGUUAAUAAGACAAUUGAGAUUCAAAGGAAUCUAUCUACAUUUAGAAUCUGUCUUAUCCAGCUUCGGAGCUAAUCUUUAGUAAUGUUGUGUUGUUGACAUUGGUUAUGAGAAGAUCAAUAUUACCUGUGUUGAUGAUGGAGUCAUUUUGCCUGGAACCUAUGUGAGAAAGAAUUUCGGUAGCAAAGACAUUGAUUUAGUACUCAUGAGGUAAGUAACCAAACGAAAUGCUUGUGAUUAAGCUGUUCAACUGCAAAGUAACAAUUACGGAGAUCUACUCUAAAUGGAAAAACUCAAAGAAAAAGCUUGUUAAAUGAGACAAAAGGAAGACAAACUCAAUUACAAUUAUGAGCUUCAUUGUUUAAGAAAUCAAAAGGAAAAGAGAUUCUUUGUUCAACACAAUGAUGGAUUGUACAUAUCUCCGAAUACUCUGUUUGAAUCUGAACCUUUCAAUGAAAUCAGGAAACAGGAUAUGCAUGAAUGCUUCGAUUUUACAGGACGACUCUUCGAAAUGCAAUAUGAUCCAGAGGAUAAUUUUGAGGAACUCAGUGGAGGAAUUCAAUUAUGCUGGUAUUGGGGCUCCAAGGAAAAGGAACAAUAGUAUUUCACAGAAGGAAAUCAAAUGCUAAAUCCUAAUUAUAUGAUACCCUUAGAUCAUAUGAUUGCCUACUCAAUAGCCUAAGUCUAGGAUCCAGAAAUAAGGCAAAAAUUAGCCAAUAACAUUCUAUUUACAGGAGGAGGAGCCCAUCUGAUCGAUCUUGUAGAUGAGGUUGAAGCCUUGUUGAUUGACAAAUUUUAAGUUAUGGAACUAAAUGAAAUCGAAAGAGUAGAAGUUAAAACUAUUAUUAGAGAUGUUAGACCUAUUUAUAUGGCCUGGGUUGGGGCCACUGUCUUACCUAAAACAGAAUCUGUAAGUGAAUUAUGGAUCACAGCACCUAGAUGGUUGGGUGAUUUGGAAACUCAAAAAGACGAAUUGGAAGAUAUGAUCAAUUAAUUUGAUGGGGAUGUUUAAUAAUUGGAAAAAAAGCUAAUUGCUUUUGCAAAAAAAGAUAAAGAAAAGGAUCGUAGUUGUGAAUAUGGACUAAAACAUUUGAAAGAAAAGAUUCCCUUUAUUUGGUGA